GGCCAGCCCAGGAUCGGAUGGAAGCUGCGGUACGUACCUUUUUCAACUUCAGCUAAACUCUUGGUCUGAAUGUGCUUGAUUGAGAGAACAACACGGAGGGGCGUUUCUCCAGUGCUCAUAAAAUGUGACCUUGCCUGCCAAUUUUACAUACAAUCUGGACCUGGAUUCGAAAUCUCAAGAGCAUGCAAGCUCUUUUACGCUCGUUACCGAGGCAAUUGUCCCGCCACAGUCGACUUACCGUCUCAUCAAUAUCCUCAGCUCCCCUAUCGACAUGUUCAUCAUUAAGAAAACGACGAGAGAAGGGUCCGGAGCUGCUAUUCCCUAACGCUCCAUCAACAAGCCACCAUGAUAUUACAUCUUUCCUCGCAUACGCAAGUCGUACUGGACUUGACGUGGCAUCAACGGUAUACGUCGGAACUCACUAUGAGUACACAGUCUCCUCAACACUCGCCCAAUACGGCAUCCACGCCAAGCGUGUAGGCGGAGCAUUCGACCAAGGCAUUGACCUCCUCGGCACCUGGAGUCUUCCUUCACGGACCGAGAAUCUGAAGGUCAUUAUUCAGUGCAAGGGAGGUGCCCAACGCGUCGGCCCUUCGAUAGUCAGGGAACUGGAAGGUUCCUUCAUCGGCGCCCCGGUGGGCUGGCGGGGUGAAGGAGUCAUUGCCUUCCUUGUUAGCGAGAAGCCGGCGAGCAAGGGCGUGCGAGAGUCUCUGGGACGAAGCCGCUGGCCCAUGGGCUUCAUCUCGUGCUCCAGGGAAGGAGUGGUGCAGCAGAUGCUCUGGAAUCAGCGGGCGGAUGAGGAAGGCCUGAGAGGCGUUGGCGUGACGAUGCGUCAUGCCGAGGACGGGGAGAGCGAGUCACAGAUUAUCUUGACACACAAUGGAAAGCGAGUGCUUAAGAGUCCAAAGCCGGAAGUCUCUGAGGUGGACUGAAGUCUCGGUCAAGCCAUCAAGCAUCGAAACCAAACAAAAUGCUAGGUACACCGCGCAGGAGUUGAAACAAGCUCGCUGAGAGGCACUUGUCAGGAAUCAACGCAGGAGCGAGAGUGUCGUAUUUAUUUCUUCACUAAAAAAAGAAGAGUCGAGUGGCUAUGGAGUGAGAACCUAACAAGAUUUUAUUGCAAACAAACUCCCAACUCAACAUUUCUUAGCACAACAUGAGAUAGCCUAGUGGUGUAUAGUACCGAUAUUCAGACGUUUAGAUCUGUACCAUGGGUUACAAUAGCAUCGCGACGCUGGAAGGUAGUCGGCCCAUUUCCAAAUAUCUUGUUGUAGGUAGCAUGCCUUUGCUCGAAGUCACAAUGGCAUAGGGCAGUUGGUGCAGGACUUCGAGGCUAAAAUCAGGUU